UUUUUUUUGUGUUGAAAUGGCAUGGAAUUACUCCUCAGGCAAGUUAUGCUGCCUGUAUAUAACUGAGCAUAUAAUAUUUCUUUUCUUUGGAACAUCAAUUUCAAUCCAAAGUGCUUGGUAAGCUAUGUUAAUUGCCUUUUCAAUGACCACAUAAUUAAAUCGAUUAUUAAUAUACAUUCCAACACCUCCAGCAGCAAGAGGCGUUGGUACAAAUUCAAAUGAAUAUCCAGUAAUAUUAUAGUUGAAAUCAUUAAAAUUAUUUUGUUUGAUACGCGUUUCUGUGAUGCCUAUUACACUAAAUGAAAAAUCAAGCUCAUCCAAUAUUUGAGUUUGCAAAUGUUCUAAGUUUCUGCGCAAACUACAUACAUUAUUGUGAAAAAAGAAAAACGGCUAUCACUUGAGCCGUAUGGAUCCUUUUCAAUUUUAGUAAAGCUCUCUGGAGAAUAAUAUUUACAUUUAAUAUGGUUGCUCAUUGCAUUUCGAUCCGGAUUAAUAUCAGCUUCUGUUUCAAUAUUAAGAUUGAAUACGUCUAGAUCAUACAGGCUAGUAAGUUUGUUCAAAUACCUUUCACUGGUACAGUGAUCGAUAAAAACAUCAUCACUAUACACACCAUAGAAAGGUACUUGAACCAGGAUAGUUCUAUUAAUAUGGAUUUCUGUUCUACUCAUCAUUUAAAAUUCAAAGAAAAUAUAGUACUUAGCUGAGGUAUUGUUAACAGAUUAUCUUAAUGACUCCUGUUCAAUUAGGUUGGUCAGGUCUUGCAGUAUUUUUAUACGGAUUACUCCAGUGUUCUCUGAUUUUCUUAAAUAAACUUGACUGUUUCUUGCCCAGCAGAACUUAUAACCCUUGCUCGUUUUAUACCUUUUUGUUUCAUACAGAAGGUUUUGUAGGCGUGGUGUCAAAUGGUCAAACAUGCUAAUUCGUGUAGUUGAAGGAUAGGCCAUUUCAAUACCAAGCUGAUCGGGCGUGAUAUUAUCUAAUGCAUGUUUCCGAGCCGCCAUAAUCUUUUCUUUAGCUAGUCGACGGACAAAUUUACAUAUAAUUGGGUUGGAAUUUUGUGAAGGUCUUCUAGAUUGGACACGAUGUGCAAUGUCUAUGUCCUGUAAAGAUACAUCAGUUACGCCCAUAGCCGUAAACAGCUUGAUACAAAGAUUUGCUGUAGUUUCAGCCGAUUCUUUCUCGUUUAAUUGCGGUACGCCCAUGAUCUUAAUGUUGUAUUGGUAGCUAUAUUGUUCGGCCGCUUCGAUGGCCUCAGUAAUCUCAUCACAUUUUUUACUGAUUGAAUCCAAUUUUUUUGUGAUCUGUUGGAUAUCUUGCGUCGCUUGCUUACGGAAUACUUCUAGAUCAUCAUAUUGUUUGCUCAUAAAGACAACAGCCUCUGCUCGUUCCUCAGAGUUUGUUCGUUUGAUCGUAUCUUUUGCCUGUUUCGCUUCAGCGGUUCUGCUUGACUUUGAUGCUGCAGUAGCUUGUUGUGUUUUCAAAUCUUCACUUAUCUUGUAUAGUUGGUUCUUUAACCCUUCGAUCUCCGAUCGUAGGAGUUCGUUUUCUUCCCUUAGUUUCUUUGUAGCCAUAAUUAAGCUAUUAGGAAUAUAAUCGAGGGAGCUCUAAAAUUUGUGACCAGUCAGCUCGAGGCAGCAAUUUCCUUGCGACAGUAACUCCUAGUUUAGAUAGAUGUUUUAAAAGACACUAUGUCUCCUAUUAUAUUAACAUACACAAACUUUUAGAAGUUAAAGAUAAAAAACUUUAUAACAAAUGUAUUUCAGAUAUUGAACAUCCUUUAAAUUAGAUUUUACCUGAGAAGAAGACAACUAAUUAUCGCCUUAGAAAGCAGAAUAGAAUUUAUCCUAAGAUUAACACAAAAAGAUUUAAAAACACCUUUGUAAAUAGAUUUAUUUUUAAAUAUAACUUAUAGAAUAAUAAUUAUUGUAACUUAAGAUAUGUACCUUUUAUCUUAAGACGAUUAAAAGAUUGAUUGAUUGGCAUGCAGAUUGAGUCAGGUUUUCUAUCUAUUCAAAUUGUCAUUUGUAGAAAAGUAAAGACUAAAGACAAAAUCCAUUGGGCAGAUUAACAGUGGGUUGCAAGCAUAAUCUGUCAAAAUGACUAUCUGCAUAUAGUAAUGAUUUAUUACCUAUAUUUCAUGACCAUGCAAAUUACAAAACGAAUAACUCAGGACAACAUAUUUAGCAUACAAGAAAGGUAAUGCAACAGCCAAUAGAAUCCUACUAUUUUGCGUUUGGCCAUGUUUUGCAUAUAGGUGAUAUAGUGAGAGCCAAUAAGAAACAGUGAUUUUGUGUGUCUUUCGUCGUGUUAAUGAUAUUAAUGAGGAUUUAUGUCCUUAGAUGCAGGUUAACUAAUAGAAAACGUUUUCUGUCGGAUUUAAAAAAGAUAAAACUCAAACGCGGUGAAAUUCAAACAAGACAAAAUGAAAAUUUAGUUUGCAUGACAAUAAAUUUAUGAACGGCAUAGAUGUAAACGACCAAUAUAGGAGCCACUACCCUGUAGGAGCUCAAUCUAAUAACAGUUUUAUUUUGCAAAACUUGCUGACUGAUCGACGCCGUUGCCUAACACAUUUAGAUUUCCGUCUUGCUUUGGCAAGGCAACUUAUUUUGACUUAUAACAGCUACAAAAAGAUUUCUAGUGCUCCAAGUAGCCAUAAAAAGGAUCUUCCAGCUGUAUGUAUCCCUUUGAAGAUAGAGUCAUCAAUAUAUCCAGAAAUUAUAUGACCCAUACCCCAUAAGGUAGAAUAGACUGGUUUGAGCAGUUUGCUGAAUAUUCUUGGGGCACUAGAUAAUCCAUUAGGUAUAGACUUGUGUGUAUUGAUAUAAAAUCCCUUUAAAUUUAAACUUAAGGAACUUUUGAAAGUAAAUAUGUGUGCUCAGUGUAAUGUAAAUUUUUGUAGAGAGUGAGCUUGUUUUAUGGAAUGGCAUCAAUAAAGUUAAUCUUAGACCAAAACCUUUUUCAUGUUUGCAUGUUUUUUGUAUUAUUAAAUAGUGUUUUUAAAUAAAGAAGACUGGCUCUUUGCCAGGCUGUUUAUAGCCGAACAAGGAAGCCAUGUCAGUGCUGGAAGUAGCAAGGCCUGAAGGUGUCAAUAAUAUAUUUACAAUGCCACGGCAAUGGCAAAACAUUGAAAUGUAAUGUCUAAAAAUUGAUCAAAAUACUUGCCUUGAAACUCCAGACAUGACUCCCAAUGCCAGGUUGAGAUACUAGACCGAAAGAAUCGCCAUCUUUCAUUCUAUAGCUCGGAGCAGUCUUGGGAAAUUACGAAAUAAUCUACGCCUAUUAUGGUGAUUCUCGUUGUUGGAAAGUGUUCGGCCAACUUCGAACACCAAAUUCUUGGUAAAGCAUUUCAGUUUCCUGGUAAAAAGACUGCAGAUAUCACUUCCGGAGUGUUUUUUUUACCCUACAGACGGAUUUUUAUUGGCUUAGGCAAAAAAACAAACCUUUUAGAGCAAUUUUCCUGAUUAUCGCACACAAGCGUUGUAAUGUAUUGUGUUGUAAUUGUAUUGUUUGAAUCGCAUCCUCAAGACGUUCUUGGCCUUAUUUUGCAAACUGAUAGUGCUUGUAAUGACAGAAUGUCUUCGUACGAAGACAAGUAUCUCAACCUGGCAUUGGGAGUCAUGUCUGGAGUUUCAAGGCAAGUAUUUUGAUCAAUUUUUAGACAUUCCAUUUCAAUGUUUUGCCGUUGCCAUGGCAUUGUAAAUUUAUUUGCAUUUGGUAUAGCUUCACUAGAAUGACCAAGUAUGUCCUCAUAUCGCAUUUUUGUAUGAGCCUUGAGCACAUGUUUGGUUGUUUGUUACAUACAUAAUAGACCAAGUGUUCAUACUUAUAUCUUACUAGUUUGGCUCUUAUUAUAAUUUCAAGUGGCACCAUAUAGAUUAUGUCUAUAAAAAGUUUUUAUUUGCAGUGAUGAAGAUAUUGACCCUGUUCCUAGCUGCUGUUCCUGUUUCAUAGCCUCAGGGAAGUAGCAGUUCUGAGAGUCAUGAAAACCCCACUACCCAACCCCCAUUAGGAAAAUGUGUAAGAGUAGAGGGAAGGUAGGGGAUGGGUAGAGGGAAGCCCAAGCUCUCUGUCUAGCACCCCCACUAGGCCCCAUAGUACAUGACGGAUAUGGUGAUCCUGACACUAGGAAUAUUAUCCCAGAUUUUGCCCCUCACCAACAUGUUCGGGGUCUAUUUCGAUCAAGCUUUCACCAGAAGUAUGAACUGUGAGCUUGAGUUCAUUCGGCUCUUUUUUACUACGGGAAUGCUUCAGGAGGUAGUUUCCUGGCCAUACCAAUACAUAUGCCCACAUACAAAUAACCCAACAAUCAUCCCCAUAUACUAAUAAAGAAGGGUCUUGGAAUCCACCAACCUUGACGAGAUUGAGAGGUUGAUUGCCUUUUUAGUAUAUGCAGGUUUGGUAAAGGUCGACAGUGAGAUUGAAAAUUAUUGGAAUGUAAAACCUUAUAUCAUGGUCUGUGGGCAAUAGAAAUAAUUUUUUGGUUGGGUACAAAGCGCUGUAAAGCAAAGUUUCUGAAUAUGGUAGAUCCUGUCACUGAAGACUACAGCAAUAAAGUACAUCAACAACUGUACCAGCUAUCACAGAAAAUUGCUGUUGACGAACACACUGUCAAAUCAAGGAAUAGGUUGGGGAUUAGGCAGUUCAUGAAAGAUGGCCUACUAUGUGGGAGAUAAAUCUGCUGGAGACGGUCCGAAUGGUUAUUUUGCGACUUUGAGAUUUAUACAGGAGCAAGUCCAGAGAUUCAUCGUAGGAUGGAUUUGGGUAUGACAUGGUGAUGUGAUAUAAGUUUGGUUACAAUGUUAGGUCUUUUGCUGUCCAAUAUAUAUUUUGUGCAAAAAAGGAAAUAUUUUCACCACAUAAUCCAAUUAUGUGCCUUGGCAAACAUUACUUUUUUAUAACUACUAAUGAUGACGCCAGCCCAACAACACUUGCAUAGUCAUGUUAUAUGCAAAUAUUUUCAUGUUUUAGAUUGUGAAAACAAUCAAUUUCUAAAGAAAUGAGUAAUGAUUAUUUAAAAUUUGAAUAGCAUGAUCAAAUUUUCAGGGCUGGUUAUGCCACUGAUAACUAUAAGUCAAUGGUGUACUGAUUAUCUAACCCCAUUAAACAAUUCCAUAUUAUAUUUUAAAUUACUUAUUGGGUAUAAUUAAAAUGUGUGCAUUUUUCUGUUAUGACUGUAACUGUUUUUGUUAUUUUUUAAUUUUUAAAAAAACUUGAUAGUUGUGAUAACAUGUUUAACCCACCCAGUGCACCCUACUUAUUUUUUUUGCUUGCUAACACCAGACGAUUUCACUUGUCAACGGGGAAGCUCUGCAGCUUAAUGGGUUAAAUGUAAACCAAUUUUAAUAAGUUAAAUAUUUAUCAGUUAAAAUAAAACCUUAGAAAAUGUAUUACUUGAAUCCUUUUCAGUAAAUGUGUUAAGAAAAGAAAUUACAUUUGAAAAAGCAUCACCAUUAAAAUCUGCCUUACCCGAGACAAUGGAGAAUUGAGUACCCAAGACCAGAAAACCAGAAAAAAUGGAAGGAAAAGAUCAGCAGCGAAACUAGAGGAUGCAGAAUUGGUUAAAAAGAUUAAAACAGGUGAAAAUGUCGAACGAAAUGAAAGACAGAUAAAACAACUCGAAGAUAUGAACAAAGGUGAGAGCGAACAUUUUCCAUUUUUGUUUGAGGGUAAUGAGGGACGACUAUUGAGGAUGUUUGAAGGAACAGGUUUUGAUAACAUUUUUAUCUUUUUAUUUCGUGACAGUUUUGGAAGAGCUGAAUAGCAGCAAGGCAGUGAAUGAGUAUACCAUUUUGUGUGGGUGUUGUAAGAAGCAAAAGAUUGUGCCAACCGAUCGAGCCCCCAAAGCAAAGGUAGAAUACUUCAAGAAAAGUUUUUUUUGUUUCAUGACUUCUCCUUGCCUGACCAAAGCAUGAAUUUAUUCUGAAUCUUCUGACCUUUUCCACUUUUCCUUUUCAAUGCCUUAGUUGUUGUAAAUUUCAUGGUCUUUCAUGGUAAUUGUUUUCUUAUUCUAUUCCUUGUUUUAGAGCACUAUGAUACAGCUUGUGUCAAGGAAGACAAGUGAUAGAAAUCUAUUGUUGAGUUUACCAAGAUGAAAAAUUUCAUGCAACAAUUUGUAUCUGAUCCUGCGACUUAACACGACAGACACCACAGCAGCUAUAAAUGUUGAUUAUGACAGUGACCGUGAUGCAGACAUGGACGGCGAUGCCAGUGCCUCGAUGACCGACAUGGAGUAAGGAACAGAAUCAUCUCAAAUGAUCUCAGUCAUUUUUGCAUCUAUAUAGUCUAUAUAAUUUAUUUGUAAAAUGUUACAGACUAUACCAAUACAGCAAAGGCAGCAAAAGGCCUUCCUUUGCUGUCUUUGCUGUAUAAAAAAGUUGAGCUUAUUUUGGAGUUGCAGACGAGAGGUCUUGACACACAGGGAACAGUGUCAGUGGUCAGAGAGCGACUGUCUAAACAUCUAAAGAAUGUCGAAAAAAUCUAUGGUGAAACUCAAAGUGACCUGACUAAAGUACAACUUUCUCGAAAGUUUGAGCCUUCCUGUGUUGCCAAGGCAAGUGAUAGUAUACUACUUUGUGCAAAUGAUGCGGACAAGUUAAUCUAUUCAAUCACAUUACAGAUGGAUGGAGUUGCAGUUAAAGGCGAUGUUACUAUUUUUGCUAAAUACCCAUCCUCUUGUACUGAAGUAGUGUCCAUGUGUCUUAAUCUCAAUAUUCUUUAUCUGUCUCACAAGGGAAACCCAGGCGGAAUUACAGCUAUUGCAAUGUCAACACUUGAGGAGACUACUAUUGUACGAAACGGAACAACUGAAUAUAGUGAAAGUGCACACGCAGCGCCGUACCUCGAUGGUAUAGUUUAUGCAGACACCGGAAGCUUGCAAAUCAAGUCGAAGAUCCCUGGCAAGGAGAGCGUAGUCAUUGCUGGAACAGGAAAGGAAGGAAAUUUAAAUGGGAAGGCAGACAAAGUGUCGUUUGCGCAGCCUAUGGGCAUAUGUGUCGAACUCGAUAAAAAUAUCUUUAUUACCGACGCUCAAACUGGCUUGGUCAAGCUAAUUACUUCCAUUACCGGUAUUGUCAAAUUUUUUAGUCAUCUUGGACUCCUGUAUAAAGCCUUUUCUGUCCAUAUGAAACAUCAAACAGUCCCAAAACAUACCCUGUCCCAAGUAAUCAAGCUUCUGGAAGAAGAGAAAGCGUUGUCACAUAUCAAUGAUGGCAGCGGUAGAAAAAGUCAACCAAGCGGCGCUCAUGGAACUAUUUCUACCCAGACAAAGGUUUCAGUCACUAUGAUCCUAAAUGGGCUAAAACAUUUAGAGGAGUUAGUCAACGAACAUAACCCAGACUAUAUUAUCGACCUACACUCUUGUCUGACAGUGCAG